AUGGUUCACAGUUGUGAAAAAUGGUCAGAUGAGAGCACGUGUUUCCCCUUGUUGUUGUAUAAAUUUUGCGACUUCGUCCGGAUAUUUCGGUGGGAGAUGAUCCCAGUUGUACGUCGCGCAUUGCAUACCUCGGUAGCUUCUUGUCGUGGACGAACCACCUUCUUCAAUAUUCAUAAGAAAGUGACUGACCCUGCGAAACAGGACCCGGACUACUUCGAAAAAGCAGCGAGGGAAUUACCCCUAGAUGACAACUACAUUGAUGCCCUUGGAAAACUCUACUACGAAAAAAUUGGGUCGGAACGAGAUCUGGGACUGAAAGCCGCUGAUAAUUUGGUGGCGGACCAGCAAAAGUUUGGCUUGCCCGACUUGGAUCUUUCAAAACCUCGUUUUCAGUACAGAGACCUUGACAUCCUGAAGGAUGCUCCAGAAAGUGUCAAGAAGAUAUACAGUAUCGGAUUCGGCACCAGAAGGGACAUGUCGAGUGAAUGGAAAGCUCAACUGAUUGGCAAAGUGAAUCAACAUUCACUAGAUGAAGCCAGCCUGGAAAUGAAAAUCGCAUGGAUGACUGCGCUGAUCCGGCAUUGGUCCUUGCUUGUGAAUGACAUCUCGAAGCAGACUACAAAGAAGCCAACCUGGUUGACACACAGAAUAUGGUUAGUGAUCAAUGCGAGGAGAAAAGCUCUUCGUCUAUUGAGAGCUCGGAAUGAAGAGGCUUUCCAAAAUGUUAUAAGUCAGUUAAAAAUCGCCUACCAUGUGCAGAAGCAGCCAGAGCACGUCAAAACGCGAAAGGCUUGGGCUGAAGCUCAACUGAAAGCUCGUGUUGAACAGGAGAAGGAAAGGCGAUUAGAGAAUCUACAUCAGCUUUACGUUGAAGAAAGGAAGCAAAAAAUGGAGGAGAUGGAAAAGAGAAGACAAGAGCUGAAGAAAGAGCAACAACAGGUAGAACAACGCUUACAUGGUUUAUUAGUACUGGAAGGCAAAGCUACCGAUGUUGUGGGAGAAUACCAGCCAUCACUUAUAGGAAACCUUUCUGAAGUCGUAAUGCAUUCUGCUCUUUUCUACCACCCCAAGCCAGACUUGGUCAAGCAGUAGUAAGAUGCAUAAGCAUGUCCAUUUGCGUGUAUGUACGUAUGUUUGUAUAUGUUUAAGAUAGAAGAAUUAGUCUAUAAACGAUUCAGAAC